CUAAAACCUCAAACAAAAAUAUCAUUAAUUGAAUUACUGGUACUGGAUCGUUCAGAUUUUUUGACAUUGAAAAAACAGUCAUGUGGUUUAAUACAAAAUAUAGGUUAACUUAAAAGUCCUUGUCAUAUCUAAUGUUAUCAUAAGAUAAAGAAUAAUAACUAGCUCGUAACGAAUAAAUUUAAAUUACAUCAAACGAUAAAUGAAUAAACCGUAAGGAAUCCAAUAAGGUGAAAAGCCACAGAUUAUCAUGAUGCCAAAAAUGGGUAGAAUAAACAUUAAUUUUAGAAGAUUCUCAGAAAGUACAGUGAGUCGAUACGCAUUGAGUAAAGUGAAGGAAACCCCAAAGGUGAACGAGGAAAAAGAACCAUGUCUGUGCCUGGAGGAACGCUGCUUGGUCAAACCGCAAUGUGGAUGUCCGAAGAUCGUCGUCGUGGGAGGGGGAUUGGCGGGACUGUCCGCCGCCGAGAGGCUCUGCCACUGUGGCCUUUGCGACGUCACGGUCUUGGAGGCAACUAACAGACUAGGUGGUCAGAUCACGAGCUGCUGGCUGGGGGAUUCAGCGGUGGAGCUCGGCUGCGGCUAUGUGACAGGCGGGAUGAACAUAUCCAACCCUCUCUUCUCUCUCGCCCUGGCUCUCAGCGAAGGCGAGGUCGACAGGAUCUUCAAGGUACUAGACCCAGAGCCCACUCUCUUCCUCACCUCCGAUGGCAGUCCAAUAAAUGAUUACGAAGCUGAGGAUCUCCUUUUCCAACACAUUAUUAAGGAGGCGACCUACCUUAGCGAAAAGACUUCCCUUCUUCAUUUUCUCACGCUGCGAAUAAACCAAGAACUGCUCAACUACCCUGAAGAAGAUAGGUACAUUGCAGAACGAGUUCUUUUCGGUAUGGUGAACGAAUUGAAGGGUUCUUGGGGAGGAGAUUUGAACAACGUGUCGGCAUCCAUGAUCGGCAUGAGUAAAAACAUCCCAGGGCCGUCGGUAAUAGUGCCAGCGGGCUUGCUGUCCUUACUGGCACCCGUUAUCAGCGUCGUUCCGUUCCACCGGAUCUUCCUCGAGAAGGAGGUCGUUAAGAUCGAGUGGAAGGGAGAACUCAGCCGUUGCGACCCGAGAGCCCAAGUCUACACAUCGGACUUCAGCUGCUACGAUGCCGACUACGUGAUCGUCACAUUACCUCUAGGCGUGAUGAAGGAAAAAUGUACAAACUUGUUCCACCCGCCCCUACCGAAGAAUAAGCUGGAUGCCAUCAAUGUAAUGGGGAAUGGCGUCAGGAACAAGGUGUUCCUAGAGUAUGCAGAGCCUUGGUGGGGAGGAGCCGGGUGUAGUAUAAGGCUAGGAUUGUCGUCUAAUGAGAUUGCGGAGAAUGGCGACUGGACCAGGGGAAUAUACAAGAUCAUGGCCUCUUCUCGCUCUGUUAUGGAGAUCGGAAUAGUAGGUAACGAAGCCCUCAUGUUAGAACAGUGCUCAGAGGAAGAGAUAGCAUUGGAAGUAACUAGAUUCUUCAGAAGACUGCUUUGUGACAAUACUAUUCCAUUUCCAAACCACAUAAUCGUGGGGAGGUGGGGGACCAAUUCCUACUGUAGAGGAUCCACCAUGUACUUGACAAUGAACACCACUGAAGAUCACCUUGAGGAAAUGAAGACAUCGGUACCAGAAGACCCAGUCCCUGUCCUCUUUUUCGCAGGAGAUUCAACAGAUUCAGUAUACUUUAACAGUGUUGUAGGCGCAAGAUUGUCUGGUCUAAGGGAGGCUGAAAAAAUCUUAGAGCUAACAAGGAAGUUCAACGGUCCUCCUAGAACCACAAAGCAAUAAUUAAAGUAUUUGGCUAAAUUAAAAUGUACUUGAAUGAAAAUCAUUUCAUUCUCUAUAUGGUGAUGUGUUUGCUUCAUUUUUCAAAUCUUAUUUCAUUUCUAAUCAUACAAUAAGUUAA